AUGCCUUUAAUUACCGGCCCAAUGCCCUGGCACGAUGGCGAAGAGAGGGUACAUGAUCUACUUCACGCGCCUCACGGCGAUAACCCCUCGGUACCAUACUUGAGUGAAAGAGCGGCUGGUUUCCUACAACGAGCACCUCUUGUUGCACUCGGUACGUUGGACGCAGAGGGGCGCCCAUGGUCAACACUCUGGGGUGGCCAAGCAGGUUUUGCAAGCCCCAUAGCCGAGUCCAUCAUUGGACUUCGCGCACUAGUCGACAGUAAGGGUGACCCCGUAGUCAAGGAGCUACUCGGCAAGCACGACGUUACGGAUACACGAAACAAAAUGGUGUCCGGCUUAGCUAUUGAUCUGGAAAAUCGACAGAGAGUGAAACUAUUUGGUCGAAUGUUGGCAGGAUCUCUGGAUAAGGGUGACGUGGCACAGGCACAGCUAGUCGUCAAGAUUGAAGAAAGCCUUGGGAACUGUCCCAAGUAUCUGAACAAGAAGCACAUUAUUCCCGCUCAAUCAACUCCAACCAUUCUCUCCGAUAUACCGCAACUAACUCAACCAGCUCUCGAACUACUGUCCCACGCAGAUACGAUUUUCGUCUCUUCGGCGCACGGCAAAAUAGACAUGGAUACCAAUAUCCGUGGUGGGCCUGCAGGCUUCGUACGAGUCGAAUCCAACAACUCAAGUGGCGCAGUUCUCGUCUACCCCGAGUACUCCGGAAACAGACUCUACCAGACUCUAGGGAACCUGCAAGUCAAUCCCCGCGCGGGAUAUGUAGUUCCAGACUUCGAGUCUGGAGACGUACUCUACAUCACAGGCAACACGCAGAUGCUCAUUGGAAAAGAAGCCGCGGAAGUACUCCCCCGAUCCAAUCUUGCCGUGCGAGUGACCAUAACAGCGGCAAGAUACGUGCGAAACGGAUUAUGCUUCCGCGGCGAGCCAGGCGAACCAUCUCCAUACAACCCAGCGGUCCGCUUUCUCUCAUCCGAGAAAGAUAUCCCUUCUACCGAGACAGCAGGGAAUAUGACCGCGACCCUCAUCAAGAAAGAAAACAUUACGCCAACGAUAAAAAGAUUCCGAUUCCGGAUUUCCAGCUCUGAUCCUAUAUCAUGGAUUCCAGGACAAUAUGCUACUCUUUCAUUUGAAGAGGAGCUGAAUAUGGGAUAUAGUCAUAUGCGCGAUGAUGACCCGACCAGUUUGAACGAUGACUUUAUUCGAACAUUCACCGUCUCCUCCUCCCCAGAUCGCGAGGUACCGAAUGAAUUUGAGCUUAUGAUCCGCUUGCAUGGGAAUGUGACCGAUUAUCUUUUUCGCACGAACGUCCAGGCGGGAUUGGAAGUGCCUCUGAAGGGAUUUGGAGGCACGUUUCGCUUGUCUAUGGACGACGGCAUAAUACCAUUCGUCGCGGGUGGGAUCGGUAUAACACCUCUUAUCGGGCAGCUUCCAGAUCUCAAUCUCGAUCGACUGCGACUAUUUUGGUCGAUAUCGGUUUCUGAUCUGGAAUUGGUGCAAGACUUAUUUCAAAGAUGGCCUCGGUUGGCUGCAUCUACUACUCUUUUUGUUACGGGAAUCACUGACCAUAUGGAUAAUCGUGCUCGCUCUGUCUAUGACUUGAUUCAGGAGUCCCGUGCACGGAUCGAGCGACGUAGGAUGCAAGAUAAUGAUCUGGAUCGUUCGCUGGCCGAUACUUGGUAUCUAUGUGCAGGAACUGGAUUACAGCGACGAGUUUUAGGCUGGUUGGAGGGGAAAAAUGUUGUCUAUGAAGACUUUAAUUAUUAG